GCAGGACAGAGAGUGGAGCUGCCAUGUAAAGCCUCUGGAUACCCAAUACCCAACACCCGAUGGCUGAAGGACAAUGUCCAGGUUGAAACGGGUGGCAGGUUCCAUAAAACCGUUGUAGGUUUGCUGAUUGAAAACACCCGAUCGUCAGACACUGGAAUGUAUAUCUGUGAAGUAUGGAACAGCUAUGGCACCGCAGAGGUUAUUGGAUCACUGUAUGUAAAACAACCCCUGAAGGUGACAAUCAGUCCACGGAAGGUGAAGACCAGUGUCGGCAGUCAGGUCACAUUGUCAUGCAGCGCUUCUGGUACAGAUGAUCCUGACAUUACCUGGUACAGGAACGGUGAUAUUGUGAUUGCUGGAAACAAUGUUAGGAUAAUUGGUAUUAGUCGUGAAACCCUAAUAAUGGAUGCAGUGACAAAAAGUGACAGCGGAGCUUACCAGUGCUUUGUGCGCAAAGAUCGGAUGUCGGCCCAGGAUUAUUCUAUGGUGGUGCUCGAAGAUGGAACACCAAAAAUUAACUCUGCGUUCAGGGAGAAGGUGGUGAGCCCCGGAGAGCCCGUGUCCCUCAUGUGUAAUGUGAAAGGCACGCCUCUACCUACCAUCACCUGGACCCUGGACGACGAGCCCAUCAUCAAGAAUGGAAACCAUCGCAUCACUCAGAUCAUCACCUCCGACGGCAAUGUCGUCAGUUAUCUAAACAUCACCAACACCCAGGUGCGGGACGGGGGAGUUUACUGCUGCACUGCCAAUAAUUCCGCGGGAGUCGUCCUGUACCAGGCUCGAAUAAACGUAAGAGGUCCAGCAAGCAUUCGACCAAUGAAAAACAUUACAGCAAUAGCAGGGCGGGACACGUACAUCCACUGUCGUGUGAUUGGCUAUCCAUAUUACUCCAUAAAGUGGUACAAGAAUUCCAACCUCAUCCCAUUCAACCACCGCCAAGUGGCAUUUGAGAACAAUGGAACGCUAAAGCUGACCGACGUACAGAAGGAUGUAGAUGAAGGGGAGUAUGCAUGUAAUGUCCUUGUCCAACCACAGUUGUCCACAAGCCAGAGUGUCUACGUUACAGUGAAAGUUCCACCAUACAUUCAGCCAUUUGAGUCCCAAAGAUUUUCCAUUGGUCAGAGAGUCUUCAUCCCAUGUGUUGUGGUCUCUGGAGAUCUUCCCAUUACAAUCACCUGGCAGAAGGACGGCAGGCCGAUUCCAGCCAAUCUCGGGGUGACCAUUGACAACAUUGAUUUCACCAGCUCCCUGCGGAUCUCCAAUCUGUCUCUGAUGCACAAUGGAAAUUAUACCUGUAUCGCUCGGAACGAUGCUGCAGCUGUAGAACACCAAAGUCAGUUAAUUGUCAGAGUUCCUCCUCGAUUUGUGGUGCAACCCACCGACCAAGAUGGCAUUUUUCGAAAAGCUGUGAUACUGAAUUGUUCUGCAGAGGGAUAUCCUUUACCUACCAUUGUGUGGAAGUACUCAAAAGGUCCUGGAGUUCCGCAGUUUCAGCCAAUCGCACUGAAUGGGCGAAUACAGCUACUAGGUAAUGGCUCCUUAUUGAUAAAACACAUACUGGAGGAAGAUAGCGGAUACUACCUCUGCAAGGUCAGCAACGAUGUUGGAGCUGACGUCAGCAAGUCCAUGUAUCUCACGGUUAAAAGU